AUGAGCAGAACGUGGACUGAAUGCAAGCAGUCCAGGUCUCGUGAACGAAGCAGAUCUGCGACGGGCAGGCAUGAGGACAAGCAUUGCCGGAAAGAGACAAUGUCGGAGGUUCCCGUGCUUGAGAGGAAGGUUUCGGCAGAGGUCGACAAAACCGAUGUAAAUGCCAACUCGUUGAACGUGGAUGAGUUUCUUCAACCGCAGUGGUGGAUUCCAGAAGUGGAAGGUGUAAGUGUUGGCGACCAUCAGUUCCUUCAAGUUCUUGGCGAAGGUACUCAUGGCCGUGUUUACAAGGUUGCAGAUCAAGUAUGUGGAGGGUUCAAUGCUGUGAAAGUGAUCAGGAAGAACCGCUUGAAGACCAUGGACGAGAUCUAUGGCAUUGCCGGCGAGUGUAACACUUUGGCUUGGCUCAAGCAUCCCAACAUCAUUGGGUUGCGUGGUGCUGUCCAUGCCAAUCAGAACAUCUACGUCUUUAUGGAGUACGCCGGUAAUGUCUCCCUGCACAAGCUCUUGCAAUUGAGGGAGAACCAAGUCGGACUUGAUAUGAGCAUGGCCCGCCAACUCUUCAAUCAGAUUGCUGAUGCAGUGGCGUACUGUCAUUGCCACGGACUUGCCCACUGUGAUUUGAAACCGCAGAAUAUUGUGCUGAACGAGGAUGGAACAGCAAAGAUCGUAGAUUUUGGGUUGGCAUUGAAGCUGGGUUGGCCCGUAGGGGAUCCACGUGGCACAUGGCCAUUUACUGCACCGGAAGCAGCUUGGCCUUGCGGACGCCCUUGGGAUUUGGCGAAGGCAGAUGUUUUCUCCCUUGGAGCAGUGCUGAUUGAGAUGCUGUGCGGUACGGACAAGCUCUUCCGGAUGUUCGGCUGGAUGGCGCAGACGCCUUUGAACUUGCUAAGGGUGCAGGAGAUGAUCGCCUUCUUGGCCACCCCUGGAGCGAUUUCUACCAGCUUGGCCACUGAUAUAGGCUAUUCUUCACAAGACGCUUCUUCAAUGAUCACAGGCAUGAUGAACGUUGUCCCUAUGAAGCGAUGGAGCGCAAAAGUUGCUGCAUCAUUCUGCUGGUGA